AUUUUCUUAUAUAUAUACGUGUUACCAUUAAUCCUCGCUUCGCGAGGCGGGCUUCGCCCGCCUCUCGCUGCGCUCGGAAAUGUGCAGAGCGUUGGGCGGCACUCUGGCGACCUUUGAGAACAGUGCCGAUAUCAGCGCCAUAGCCUUCCAGCUCCACGGAGAUAUCCGGGAGGAGAAGAUCUGGGUGGACGGAACUGACGCCGUCUCUGAGGGACAUUGGAUCUGGGCCUCAAACGGACAUGACGUCAUUUCCUCUUUCUCGGGCCGUGUGUCCAAUAACGACAAAGACAAGAACUGUCUGAGCAUGGACUCCGAUCACCACUUCCGGUGGUACGCGGAGAGCUGUCACUCCGAGGCGUACUACAUCUGCGAGAGGCUCAACGUCGUGUCAGGCGGAGCUGGAUCCGUGGUGGUAGGAUAGAAGGCAGUGACGUCAUCAACGGUUCAGGGGACUGUGUCAAAGUGUCCUUAAAGCAUGCUUUUCAAUAUAAAUCCAGAAACUCUUUUCAGCAUCUCCAUGCUAUAUACUAACUUCAGAAUAUCUGCUAGCUGACAUUUUAAAAAUAAUAUUGUGUUAUUUGUCUUGAAGGUGCUUUUCAUACUGAGAAUUUUCUCAGUCAUUCUUUUAAAAUAAUUAUGUAAAUCAUACGUAAAGAAGCUUUAGUAUCAUAAUGGUUUUGAUGCGUGUCAAACAAUUAAAGAAAAGGCUUACAAGGUAAAACAA